GCCGCACGUCACGACCGGCAAUGUCCCCGUCCACCUGCUCUUUUGCUCUGAGAGACUCGAGCGUCAUUCACUAGCACCCAGCAUUCCCAAACCAUGACAUUCUAGUAUAUAGAGCUGCCGCCCUCGUCUCAGAUUCCAACACCUUCUACCCACCCACCAUGUCCUUCCUCCGGUCCUUCUUCCUGCUUCUGCUCCCUUCCCUCAUUCUCGGUGUCACGGCCAACGUCGAGAAAACCAUCUUCCGUGCCCCGUCCGUCGCCACGAUCCCUGCCGUCGACCCGUCCCUCGACGACCUCGGUCUCCAGCGACUCUCGCCCGCGAAGCCGGCCCUCCGCACACAAUUAAAUGCGUCCUUUCCCACGGAGGCCUCGCCGGGAACCGACUCCUGGUAUUUCUUGGAGCACCUCACUCCCGGCCAACGCUAUGAGGUCCGAAUUUGCUGGCUAGCUACACAACCGACGGAUUUCACCUUGGACACCUAUACCGUCCCCGAUGCGAUCGAAGAUCCGAUCCUCUUCUCCUCCAUCGGCGUCUACUCCUCCGCGCGGAUGGCGGAGUAUCCCCCUCAAGACAUGGUGCCGCGUUCCGGCUCCGUCUCUCCCACCUCCGAUUCCGUACUCUUUCUACGCAUCCGGGCCGCGGCGGACUAUUACUCGCUGGACUCGUCGCUGAUGGAGAGUGUUCCUCCUGUGCGGGCAGAUAUCAUUCUAGACCCGUUUCUACUGAACGUCUUCCCGCAGUCGCUGGUGCCGACGGCUUGUUACAUGGCUGUCGUGGGGGGUAUAGCCGCUGUGCUAGGAUGGUGGAUCUUGGGCCAAUUCACCAGGGUUGCAGAGGCUGCUUCCACUGCACCGGUCGACAAAAGAAAGAAGAAACGAUAAGACGGCGACGCGUAUAUAUCGGCCGGAUUGGGUCUGUAACCAUAUUAAGACGAAACUGUAUUUCUAUUGAUGAUGCAACAAAAGACGCAGUAACGAUGAAACAUCUGUGGGACCGUGCUCUAUGUCAAAAUGGAAACUCCAUAUACACAUAUCUUCGUAGCAUACAACAGAAAUUAGGGACCACGGCGCAGAGAAUGCAGUCCUGGCCACGUACAAAUCAUGACAACAUUAGAGGGGAGGGAUGGUGAAUCUAAUCAACACGAAAACAACCAAACAUUAGGGGGAAUUGAGGUGAAAACAUCGAGCAAAAACAGAACGCGAUAAGAAUGCAAAAUAGCCACAACACAUGUCAACCACAUCGGUGUAUCUUCUAUCGUUC